CAUGACUCUCCCAGCCGGGCGACCUGGGAUUUCUUGAGUGAGUGAGGAGAAUCAGAAAAACAUUUUAUUUUGCAAACUUUUCAAUAAUAUUUAGUAAAAUCAAAAUCAGUUGGUGGCCCUGAAAAUGUCGGUGACAUCAAAGAUUGCUGGAGUUGUCGUAAAAAAGACGACUGGGCUAACAGGUCUGGCCGUGGCGAAAAAUCCACACCACGUGUUGGACGUGCUUUAUGGAAAAACACUCCGAGCACUGCAAAAAUUACCACAAGACGCGGCGUAUAGAAAGUACACAGAGGAAAUUAUUAACAAACGCUACAAUCUAGUCAAAACAGAAAAGGACGUUUUCGAAUUGGAAAAAAAGAUUGGAUGUGGUCAAAUUGAAGAAGUUAUUGUCCAGGCUGAAAAUGAGCUAACGUUGGCGAGAAAAAUGGCAGAAUGGAAGCCGUGGGAGACACUUAAAGAUACACCACCCCCAACUCAGUGGAAGUGGCCGAUGUAACUAAUUAAUUAGUCCAAUUGUUAAAUUUUUAGACGUUAUUAUCAUGUCAUAGAAAUAAAUGAGAGCAAUACUGUAGAUUCGACCCGUAUAAAGAUACCUCAAAUGUUCAUUUACAAAAUAAGAAGCAGGCAAAAUAAAACAAUGCUUUGAAAUUA